GUUUUUGCUGCCACCCCAAUCAGCGCCCACCCCCUUCGGUCUCUGCAAACCACCAAACCCUUCUCCUCCUGCCCUUCUGCAAACCCUUCUCCCUCCCUCACUCUCGCUCCUGCUCCGUCCAUCGCCGGUCGCUCGCUCGCCCUCGCUCUCGCUCUCGCUCCCUGCCUCUCUCUCUCUCUCUCGCUCGUUGCCUCUCUCGCUCCAGCUCGCUCCGUCGCUCGCUGCCUCUCUCUCGCUCUUGCUCGCCCUCGCUGUUGCUCGCUAGCUCUCUCGCUCUUGCUAGCUGCGGCAGUGAGGCUAACACCCAGAUCUGCUUCAUUCGAGCCCGGAUUUGUACAACUGAUUUUAUUACAAACAAUCAAUUCUAUUUUAGAAGACGAAGGAAAGCCCCAAUGAGUGAUAUAGGUAUGUUUGAUUUUUUUUUUUUUCAAAUAUGGCAGAGCAGAGCUUCCUUAGACAUAUGCCAUAAGUGAGUAUAAAGAGCUUGAUGAGCUCGUAUAUUUGUUUCUCUAAAUGGUAACUUUAUCACUUAGAAUUAGGGAAAAUGUAAAUUAUUCAAAUGUGGUUUCUAGAUUUAUGAGAAAAUUAGUGAUAUAAAACAAGAAAAACAAAAUGUUUGUGGAUAAUGCAAAUUAUAUAUGUAACAUUGUAUUAUCUUAUGAUUGUAUCUUGUUUUGAUCCAGGAAAUCAUAGUGUGCUUCCGGAAUCAUUCGAAGAUAAUGAGGAAAUUUUCCAACAUAAUGAGUGUCCUCUGUUAAACGACGAAUUGUCAGGAGAAUGCAAUGAUCUUGUUCCUAAGGUUGGAAUGAAGUUCAAUAAAUGAGAAUGAGAUUUUUGAAUUUUACAAAAGAUAUGCUUACCAUGUGGGUUUUCUAGUAAAAAAAAAAAAGAAUUCAAAGAAGGGUGAGGAUGGGGUGGUAACAUAUGUAGCAUAUGCAUGUAGCUGAGAAGGCAAAAGAACUAGUAAAGUUAGCACCUCUCUAAAACCUCAACGAACUAUUCGAGUAGGUUGUAAAGCUAAGAUCACAGUUGUAUUGGUUGUUUUAGGAAUAUGACGAAUAACCACGGUCCAUCUUGAGCAUAAUCAUGAAACAAGUCCAACCAAAUCUAGAUUGUAUCGAUGUAAUAGACAAUUGAGUGAACAUGUGAAUCGAUAGCUUGAAAUGAAUGAUAUGGUUGGAAUUUCAAUACAGAAAAGUUACAACUCAACUAUUGUUGAAACUGGUGGAUAUGAGAAUCUAGCGUUUGUGGAAAAGGAUUGUAGAAACUACAUUGAUAAGGUGAGGAGGUUAAGACUUGGGGAAAGAGAUGUUGUUGCUAUUCAAGCGUACUUUUCGAAAAUGCAAGUUCUUUGUUCGGAUUUUUACUUUAGUGUUGAUUUGGACGAAGAGUGUCAAUUGAAGAAUGUAUUUUGGGCCGAUAAUAGGUGUAGACAAGCAUACAAGAAAUUUGGCGAUGUUGUUACAUUCGACACCACAUACCUGACCAAUAGGUACGACAUGCCGUUUGCUCCAUUUGUUGGUGUAAAUCACCACGGACAAUCGACACUGCUUGGAUGUGGUCUAGUUUCCAAUGAGGACACCGGGACUUUUGUGUGGCUGUUUAGGACAUGGCUUGAGUGCAUGGAGGGUCAAGCUCCCGUAGGAAUAAUCACUGAUCGGGAUAGGGCUAUCCAAAACGCAAUUGAGAUAGUCUUACCUAACACAAAACAUAGGUGGUGUUUGUGGCAUAUACUGAAGAAGUUGUCUGAAAAAUUUGAAAACCAUAGCUAUAAGGCUUUAAUUCUUUCGGCCGUACCUGAUGUGGUGAAUGAAUCACAGAGUCCUGAAGAAUUUGAGCAAGGCUGGAGUUCAAUGAUUGAGAAAUAUACAUUGCAUGAAAAUGAUUGGUUGUCUGGACUCUACAAAGAAAGAGAUCGUUGGGUCCCAUGUUUCUUGGAAACUAGUUUUUGGGUAGGGAUGUCAACAACGCAAUGGAGUGAGAGUAUGAAUAUAUUUUUCGAUGGUUAUGUACACUCGAAAACCUCGUUGAAGCAAUUUGUUGAACAAUAUGAGUGAGCAUUGAGAUGUAAAGUUGAAGAGGAGUUUCAAGCUGACGUUAAGUCAUUUUCUCAGAUAGUCCCAUGUGCGUCGAGGUUUCCCAUGGAGAAACAAUUUCAGGAAGUGUACACAAUCUCAAAAUUCAAGAAGUUUCAAGACGAGUUUACAGGGAAGAUAUAUUGCGAGGUUGUGUCUAUCGAAGAGGGGUCGUUAGGUAUGAGAUACGAGGUACGCGAAGAUAUCAUAUUUGAUGAAAGAUUGAAGGAAAAAAAAAUUUCAGUUGUUUUUGAGAAAGAGAAAUGUGAUAUUGUGUGCAGCUGUCACAUGUUUGAGUUUAAGGGAAUAAUUUGUAGACAUGCUGUCACAGUAUUGAUCUGAAAUGGUGUUAGAUCAAUUCCUGAGAGGUAUAUCUUAAGGCGAUAGAGGAGAGAUGUUAGUAGAUCCUACACGAGGGUCAAGAUUAAUUAUAACGGUUGGAUUAGUACUCCUAACCAGUUAAGAUACGAUAAAAUGUGUAGUGUGUUUGCCAAGGUUGCAAACUUGGUUGCAGAUGACGAGGAAUGUACUCGGGAGACUAUAGAGUAGAUGGAAUCUCAAUUGAAUGAUUUGAGCCCAUCCAAUGCUAAGCCAAGCUGUGGUAGUAAUAUAUAUGUUGUACACAUUGUGCAAGAACAAAUCCUUGAUUGUGAAAAGGCAACAACAGCUUCAAGUGGACAAAUCGUGGAUUCGAGAUGCUUGCAGACAAAGGGAGCCCCUAGGAAUUCUACAUAAAAGUAAUGUUUGUCCCUACUGUAGAAUUAUUGUCCAAAUUCCAAGAACAUUCAUGUCAAAUCAUUAAGAAUGAAAUAAACAACAAACGGAAGCGUACCUGUAUCCAUUAUGAUGAUUGAUCAAAAACGGGUACUUUGAUC